UGUGCGGUUCGUCAAGGAAACGUUCAACACAAUAUAUUUCAUAUUGCGAAUCAUUUGGUUGAUCAUUCGCAAAAGUUACUUGCUGUUGCAGGCGGGUGUGUCUCAACGUUGUACCAACGUUGGAAGUUUCCGAAAAGUCCCAAAAAGAUGAAGUGCACGUUUAAAGUGGUAACGUUCGGUGUACUUCUACCUCUUCUGACGCUGAGUGUAGCCCAAUCACCAUGCAAAUAUUUGCAAUAUUUGGAAGCUGGAAAAUCGUACUAUGUGUAUAAUCAAGAGUAUCCUAAUCAAUACAUGCAUGAAAAUCAUUGUAAAUGGCAAACAAUAAGUGUUUCUAUCACAAAAAUCAAAUGUAAGAUUGAAAUACCUGCGAGCCAAAAUUGUGCUCAAGACAGCCUUUCGAUCCGUUCUUCCGGAGAAGACAUAAAUAAGUAUUGCGGUUACAAUAAUUUCACGUACGAGGGAGUAAAUGUGACUAUAUAUUUCGAUUCGUCGUAUUAUACGCAAGGAGGACGAUUUUUGUGUCAAAUGCAAACGGAAAAACCUUUUGACGAGAACAAUUGUCAAUGCGGCUGGGAGAAUCCGGCAAAAAUAAAGACCAGAAUAGUUGGCGGCGAAGAAACCGGUGUAAACGAAUAUCCCAUGAUUGCUGGUCUCGUCGAUAGCGGGAAGAGAGAAUUGUUUUGCGGCGCGACUAUAAUAAGUGAAAAUUAUGUAGUGACAGCGGCUCAUUGCGUAGAAGAGAAAAAUCUUAGUAAAAUUGGCGUUAUUAUCGGUGAUCAUGAUAUUACUACAGGUAACGAUACUUCGGCGGCCAAGCUGUACCGUAUACAAGAUUGUACAAUACAUCCUAAUUACAGCAAUAUUAUGAACGACAUAGCUGUGUGUAAAAUUGAAGGCACGAUAGAAUAUAGUAUCAAAGUCGGUCCAGUUUGCCUGCCAUUUCAACAUCGAUGUGACUCGUUUGGUGGUUCUAUCGUGACGGUGUUGGGCUGGGGUCUAUUAGAAUUUGGCGGUACUAAGGCAACAACGCUGCAGGAAGUGGAUUUGAAUGUAAUCAACCUUCAGAAAUGCAAGAAUUAUUAUAAUACAAAUAACAAACUAUAUGUAACAAACUAUCACAUUUGUACUUUCACCCCAGGAAAAGACGCUUGUCAGAUGGACAGCGGCGGGCCACUUUUGUGGCGAAAUCCUACUACGCAUGAUGUGAUACUGAUCGGCAUUAUAUCGGCCGGUACGGGUUGCGCUUCGGACGCACCUUCUAUCAAUACGCGUGUUGGAGCAUAUCUAGAUUGGAUAGAGUCGGUAACUGGCGCGCAGUUUUGCAAAGUGGAGUGAUCGUCGCACGAUUAUGGAGAAGUGAGAUGGUGAGGAAUCAUUACACGGAUUUAUGGGAGAUGGGCCUAUUACAGGCUCGUGCCGUGUUCGUACGCCCGCCACACUUCUGCGUGCGAAUUUUAAGAGACAUGUGUGAAAAACAUGUGUCAUUUUUUUACUGUACACGGAGGAUGGAGAAAAUUAUAAAGAAAUAAAGACUCCAAGUACGCGCGUCCCCGUAUCUCUAAAAAAGCUUAUUCUUAAGUAACUAACUAGUUCUUAAGUAACUAACUAAGUUAACUAACAAAUUAUUACAAGGA